UGUGCUCUUUUUUAAAAGGAAACAUGUUUUAUCCUUUUUAAUGACGUGUCCGUUUACUAACCGUUCGAUGUGUCCUCUUUUAAACACGGCAUCGUUUUAGCGGUUUUUUGUUAAAAAGAGUCGAGGCUUUGGUGCAUGUCAUGUAACGUAAAUACAUCGUAUCAAGAUAAGAGUAAGACCGCAGCCUUAAAUAAAACCCUGCUCUCAUUCUCAUCCCUAGACACAAGACAUUCUCAAAGGAUCUCGAACCAUGGGCGAAGAAGGCAAGAUCAUCGAGUUUGAGUCCGCGAGGCAGACACUCUUGUUCUGGAACAUGGAUGACUACCCAAUCCCUGUCGAUACAACCGAUGAUCUUGGUGCCGUUAGUAGCAAUAUGUUUGAAGCUCUUCAUCUAAUGGGCUUUCUUGGGUACAUGAGAAUGCAAGUGUAUUCGGAGCAACCCAAUAGCGAAGAUUGGUUGAAUGCCGAAAUGUCUUACGCACCCAAAUGUAAGUCUUAUUCGGCUGCUGUUUACGAAUUUCCGGAUAUCGCUCUCUAUAUCAUUCGUUUGACAACAAGUAUGGGACCAGGACCAUUAAAUGUAGCCUUAAUCGCAAAGCCAAAUGGGGAGUUACGUAGGGUUCUGCAGUGUUUGAAAUCGAGGAAUCACGAUGUUCUCCUCAUAGACUCCCCUCCUUCUUGUCCUCCUCUCUUUAGUGUAGAAUCUCUACUUGAGCAUGCACGGCUUUUAGAUGGAGCAAAGCCUAGAUUCAAAGCUUUGUUACCUAAUUAUAUGUAUGUGGAUGAUAUCGACGAAGAAUAUCUAGACAUCAAAGAAGAUCUCUCCAAGACUGUAGAUUUCACCGAGCGCAUCCCAACCGUCAAAGGGGAUAGGACAGCCGUCUUUUGGGAUGCCGAGGAUUACCCAUUCCCUCUUUGUUCCACUCCUGAUGAGAUCUACCACUCUAUUGCAUCAGCUCUUGUGGAAAGGGGUUCUAGUGAUAAGAUUACAAUCUGGGCUUAUCUUGAUGAUGACAAGAAAGGUUCUUGGAGGGAUGCCUUACUGGGUGGUAACAAGGAGUGGGCUUCCAGAAUCUACUUUCUUCCCGGAGGGGAUAAUUCUUCGAGACGUGAUAGAAUGUUAAAUGACAUUUAUUUAUGGGUCAGGGACUCCUCUCCUAGGUGGAACAAAAGGUCUCAUGAAGCUAGUUUGGUCAUAUUCUCCGAUCAGUUCAAUGAUGACUCCUACUACACCCAUAUGCUUCAAAAAUUGAGUAAAAGAGGUUACAAUCUUCUUUUAGUCACUCCGACUCAGGACAUCAAAGAACCAGAAAGCCCUGAAUGGCCAGGAUUGCUUAUAGAUGAAGGAUCAUACUGUUUUGGUGAUUAAAAAACACCGAGGGUUCAGGUCGGGUCUGGGCUGUUACCUGAAUUACUUGCGUCACAAGAAGAAAUGGUUGCAGCGGUGAUUUUAUAUAUAUAUAUUAAGUAGAAAAAAAAACUCUUGUCUGGAUGUUAUCGAAAGCUCAAAAAGAGACUCUUCUCUGGA